UCUACUACGUCCAAGUAUCCUAGACGGUUGUUCUCAUGUUGAACUGGCCUGCCGGCCUGAUGGCAAUGGAAGGGAACACCCUGAGCAGCAUCUAACUAGGACGGGCUCUCGUUGGGCUACCGAUUGCCUUUCAUCGCAACUCUAAUGGCGUAGGAGAACAUUAUCAUGGAGAGGCAGCAGGCUACAUACCAUGUCUCUUAUGUCCACUUCACCUGAACUCGCAUAGCAACCUCGACGUAGAAUUGAUCUUCAAGUUACGGCCACUACCACGGAAGAUGGAGAUAUCCACAGAGAUUCGGCAACUCGCGACAAACUUGAUCGAUCUUGAGCUGGACAACAUACGAGCUAGAGCGAAGUAUCUCGACCGCUCUACAUACGACACAGGGUCAAUAGGAGUUCACGUCUACAAUGAUGUCGGUGGACAGUAUUUUCUCCCCUACGAUACCUCGUCACCACUACCUAGAGAAACAAGCUAUCUCUACGAGCCUCUCAGCGCCCGAGGCCACAGUCUUCAACGCAAGGUCCGGUCGUUGUCGCAUGAUGGGUUGAUGGCCUUGUACGAAUGUGUGUCACAGGAGAUCGAUGAGCUCGACGAGGCCAACGAGACUGAAAAAAUUGUCGAGGCAGCCGAGACUGACGAGAUCGAUGAGACAAACGAGACCGACAAGACAAAGGAAGCCGACGAUACCGACGAUCAAGCUCGUAGCGAUGAUAUAAUCGAAGGUCUAAUUCCUUUAAGCGAGCCCGAUGGCCUUGGGAACGACAAGCGGGCAUCGCAUCUCGCCCUGAGGAAAAAAAUCCAGGAGGUUUCCCGAGUAAAAAUGUUUCGCUUGAGCACUUCCUCUCUGAUCGACAGCGAUUCCAUUGACGUAGUCUUGAUAUACCUUGACAGCAAUGGGAACUCGAUCCUCCAGAAGUCGUCCUGGCCGGUAUGGACCGACUUCGAAGCUUUCAUCAAAACAAUGUCUGUGUAUCAUCACGAGGUCACGAUCAAAAGGGGCGGUAGCGUGGAGAACAUCAAGCAAACUUUCCUACAGAAAAUCGACGACUUCAGUCAAUCCAAACCCGGACCUCCCAGAAUCGCCAUCGCCAGGACGUACCAGACCUGGUUCAAUAAUCUUGGCACUAUGAAUGAUGCGUGGGGUUACGUUACGGUCGACGCCCAACAAAGUGUUGAUAUUGCAGCGAACUAGAAGGCCCCGCAUGACCUUGGAGGCAAAGAUGCCUUUGAUGCGAUGAAUAGAUUAGGAAAAGCAGGAGGAAGUACUGUUGGUUUGGUCAAGGUAAGUCAAGCACAUCGCGUUUCGGGUUGGAGACUU